AUGCAAUUGGUACCAAGUAAUAUAGUACAAGUAAAAGAUGACAAAGCACUUAAGGCCGCAAUAGAAAACAUGUCUGCAAUCAUCAAUGAGCAAACCUUAUUUAAACAUUUACCGAUGGAUACCAUUCAAUCCGAACUUAACAUUUGGUAUUCAAUGUGGUGCAGGCACAAAUUAGAAGGUAAAGAUAUACAUAAAAAUGUUUUGGAAUCUCUAUCUGAAUGUGAUAAAACAGUAUUUCCUACUAUUCAAACAAUUUUUGCAAUUAUAUGUACAUUGCCCAUCAGUGUAGCAUCAGCUGAACGUAGCUUUUCGACUCUAAAAAGAGUUAAAACAUGGUUAAGAUCUAGAAUGGGAAAUAAUAGACUUAGUGGUUUGGUGCUUCUGCAUGUUCAUAGAGAUAUAAAAGUAAACACAGAUGCUAUUAUUGAAAGAUUUGCCUAG